AUGGCUUCAAGCAGGCCGAGCUCUGCAUCCUACACUCAGCAACUUCGAGAUUUCUGUACCGAAAAUUCCAUCGAGCAGCCGCAAUGGCAGGACUUCUCCGAUCCUCGAGUCCCUCUGAUCUUCGGCCCAGGCAAACGGACAGCAUGGUCUAGCAGCGUAUGGGUUCAAGGCCGCGAAUAUCGCGCAGUCCUAUGGCGAGAUGUCCGAUAUAUUGAACACUGCCGCGAAGAAGCUGCGAAGCUGGCCCUUGACGCUCUGAGUGCUUCUGCGACGACAUAUUACGCAUAUGGCCGGGCCUACAGCGGAGCUUAA